AUGACUGGCGGUCCCCCCUCGCGUUCGGCACCGUUAGCCAUGAACGAUAGGAAAUCGAGUGGGCGUAGCUCACGCUCAUUAUCUAUCACGAGUGUACGAAGAGGAGGCUUGGCUAUUCAGAAUCCCAGCCUCAAGCGAUUGGCAUUGGCGGGGGCUCUGACGAGGCGGGCCAACUCACCUUUCUCCCAUUCUAGAUCGUAUACUGCACGGCCCUCACAGACUGCACGGACGUGCCUGUCCCCUCGCCGUUUGUCCGAUGCUGCUGAACUGGAGAUGCGGUCCCGUAUCGAGAGUCUCGAGGAGGAGCUGGCUACAAUACGAGGGAAGGCCCGUCGGCAAGAGCUCCAUGCUGAGAUCAUGGAGAUCGCCAAGUCUUCUUUCGGGCAGCAGGGAGAGACGCGGGCGGCACUUCAAAGGCGUGUGACUGAGCUCGAAGGGGAGCUGAUGAGAAUUAAGGAGGACCUGGCCUCCGAGAAGCAACGGGCUGAUGGAAUGGCAGCAGAGCUACAGCAGAAGCGCCGGGGAGCGGAAGAGUUAGAACAACGUGUCUUGACCUUGACAGAGGAGAACUAUAGGAUGCGGGCAGAGGCUGACAGAUACAAUGGCCAAGCUAUCGCACUAGAAUCACGGCUGAGUUUCCUCACGCCGAGCCUCACUGAGGAGGAUAGAGAUAGGCUUGGGCAGGUCAUAGCAGAGAUUAUCAACAACAGGCCUGCUGCCUUCGUGACUCUUGGCAGUGUUGGUGACACUAACGCGGAAGAGGGGGAAGGGUCUCCAGGGAAGCUCACCGUGAAUACCCUAUCUCGUAUGGUGGACACGCUACGGCAGGAGAAAUCAGAUCUUGUCGAUGAAAUACAGAGCCUCCGGAAGAUGCUGCAAAUAGAGGCUGGUAUCUCGGCGGAUCUACGUAAGCUGAUGGAGGCAAGAGCACUAGAGUCGAGGGAGAGGACGGGGGACCUUAUCAAGGUGAGCAAUGCGGAGCGCGACAAAUGGCAGCGGCUGGCCAGCAGUAGGGACCUCCAAGUGAAGCAGUUGCAGAAGAGGCUUGCGGAGUCUCGGAAGAGCCACAUCCCAGCAUCUAUCAGUGAAGGCCGUCGCACUGCUGUUAGUAGCGAUGGUGGUUUCUCCGACCUCAGCGAGAUACCAGACCUCAGUCUAAACAGUCUCGACGUUAUCCUCAGUAAGGGUACACUGGACGGAGCGAUCAUCCACAGUUUGGGGUUCCCAGUUGGACAAGACACCACCACCACCCCGACCGAGACGCUGAUGUCCGUUAUCCUCGUUAGCUUCUAUGACUUCGACCUUUGCGUGUCGGAUGCAGCUGCUGGACUAAACCCUAACUACCGCACCACACUGUCCUUCCCUGGCCUUGACAUGAUUGAUGAUAGCAAUCUAUGGGGCGCUCUUGAGACAGAAGGCUUGAGGUUGGAGUUAGAAGCCUUCCAAGUUGGAGCUACCGCAGCAGGAGCCGGCGGGGCCGUCAUUGGCACAUCCCAUAUAAGCCUGGGAGAGCUCUUGCAGCGGCAAGCGGAUACCAACCCAACGAUCUCUGGGGAAGCUGUAUUCACAGUCACCGGCUCCACCGACAUGCCCGAGACCCUUGGAUUUGUCAGGUACAAGAUACGUUUCCGACACCCCAUCGUGGACCACUAUGAGCAGUGGAAGCAACGCAAGAUGCUCGAACGGGACCUUGGUAGGCGAGGUUCCCGCUGCUAUCUCUCCAUUGCACAUCAGCAGAUGCUGGUACCGUAG